AUGUCGGAUCGAGAAGAGUCUGGCUCUCCCGAGCCUCGGUCCAAGAUUGAAGAAGAUCUCGAGAGCGACGAGGAGGUGAAGACCAUCAAGAGCGAAGAGGUGGACAAGACACAGGACAACGUGGAGGACGAGGACGACGAGGAGGAAGAGGAAGAGGAAGAGGAAGAGGAAGAAGAGGACGACGAUGAGGAGGACGUGCGGCAACGAAAGAAGCCCCGACGGGAGCGAAGAAACCAGUUCCUGGAUGUCGAGGCCGAGGUGGAUGAAGAUGAAGAGGAUCUUGAGGAGGACGAAGAUGGACUCAUUGGAGAAGACGGAUUCGUUGCUGAGCCUGAUGCCGACGAGCCCGAUGCCUCGGACGACCGAUUCCAUCGAGAGAUGGACCGGCGACGAGAAGCCAUCGCCGAAGAGGAUGCCGAACGACUGGCCGAUGAGUACCGAGAAAAGUACGGUCGAUCGACAGCCAACAAGUACCGAGGAGACAGUGGAGUGAUCCCCCAGCAUCUGCUGCUUCCCUCUGUCAAUGAGCCCUCCAUUUGGGGUAUUCGAUGCAAGCCCGGCAAGGAAAAGGAGCUGGUUCGACAAUGUCUUCGAAAGAAACUGUCUCUACAAAAGUCCAGAAACCCGCUGGAAAUCAUGUCCGUGUUUCAAAGAGAUACCUUCACCGGAUACAUCUACAUGGAGGCCCGUAACCAGCAGGCUGUGACUGUGGCUCUUAAGGGUCUGGUUAACGUCUAUCCUCAGAACAUGAUUCUGGUGCCCAUCAAGGAGUACGUUGAUCUUCUGCGAGCCACCAAGUCUGCCGAGACUGAGCUCGUUCCCGGCGCAUACGUGCGUCUCAAGCGAGGAAAGUAUGGCGGCGAUCUCGCCAUUGUCGAGAAUUUGUCUGAAAAUGGUCUUGAGGUUCGUCUCAAGCUGGUGCCCCGUCUCGACUAUGGACGAAAUGCAGAGGCUGGAAUUGACGGUAAACGAAAGCGAGUGGCCCGAAUCCCUCCCCCACGACUCUUUUCUGAGCAGGAGGCUUCUCAGUAUGACCCUCGAAAUCUGCAGAAGCGUGGCCCCAAUGCGUACGUUUACGCGGGAGACGAGUACAUCGGAGGCUUCCUGUACAAAGAUUUCAAAAUCACCCUGGUGAACGCCGAGAACGUUGCGCCCAAGCUUGAGGAGCUGACCCGUUUCAACUCUGAGGAGACUGACGGUAUCGAUCUGGCCUCUCUUGCCCAGAGCCUUCGAAAGUCUGCCGCGGCUGUCCAGUUUCAGGGUGGAGAUGUCGUCGAAGUGUCUGAAGGUGAGCAGACCGGUGUUCAAGGUACUGUCAUUUCUACACACGGCGAUAUCGUCACCGUGGAGGCCACGACGGCUCCUCUGGUUGGAAAGCGCAUCGAUCUGCCUAGCCGAUCUCUACGAAAGAAGUUUGCCAUUGGUGAUCACGUGCGAGUCAUUUCCGGUAACUUCCUCGACGACACUGGUCUGAUUGUGGGUCUAGAGGACGACUCCGUGACUCUACUGUCCGAUCUCAACAAGAAGGAAGUCACAGUGUUCGCCAAGGAUCUCAAGAAGGUGUCUGAUAUUGGAGGUUCACAUCAGGUCGGUGACUACGAGCUCCACGACUUUGUGCAGCUUGACGCUCUUCAUGUCGGUUGCAUUGUAAAGGUGGAGAGAGACAGUCUGAAGGUGCUCGACCAAGAAGGUACUGUUCGAUCAGUCACUCCUUCUUCUAUCACCAUGAAGCUCACUCGAAACAUGGAAGGUCUGGCCACCGACUCCAACGGUUCUGAGAUCAAAAUUGGCGAUACUGUUCGAGAGACCGUCGGUGAGGGUCGACAAGGUGCCGUUCUUCACAUCUACAAGAACACUCUGUUCCUCAGCUCCCGAUCUCUCGGCGUCUUUGUCGCCAAGGCCUUCAAGGUUAAUACCAUUGUUGCUAAAGGAGCUCGAACACAGUCGAACUCUCAAGCAACUGGUCCCGAUCUCACCAAGAUGAACCCUGCCGUCUACAAUGCCCGACCUGGCCAGAUGGCUCCUCCCGUCAUGCCCAAGCAGGGAGGUUUCGACCGUCUCAAGGGCAAGCAUGUUGCUAUCGGGCCUGGUUCUCAACACAAGGGAUGCAAGGGUAUUGUCAAGGAAACCACAGACGAUAUUGCUCGAGUCGAGCUUCACGCUCCCUGCAAGGUUGUCAACGUUCUGAAACACCAGCUGCGAAUCUACGACGAUUACAAGAAGACGUACCUGUCAUACAUGGAGUUUGCUACUCCUAGAGGUAUGCGAUCGGGUGGUGGUCGUCCUGGAGGGCCCCCUGGUCCUGGCGGACCUGGGUCUGGUGGACAGACCCCGUCGUGGGGUGGUGGUGGAAAGACCCCGUCGUGGGGAGCAGGUGGAAAGACCCCGUCGUGGGGAAGCAAAACCCCGUCGUGGGGUGGGGCAAAGACAUCGUCUUGGGGUUCGCGAACACCUGCUGCCAAUGCAGGAGGUGCACAGACACCCGCAUGGGGAGCAAUGGGAAACAAAACACCAUCUUGGGGCGCAUCAGAGUCUCGCACCCCUGCAUGGGGCGGGGCAAAAACUCCAGCUUGGGGAGCAGCUGGUGCUGGGUCGAAAACCCCGGCCUUUGGAGUCGCACGUACGCCUUCGUGGAAGUCGUCGUCUGCAGGAACAUACGGCGGCUCUUCUUCGCGAAACAAGGGCUGGGAAGAUCUCGGAAGCGGCAACUCGGCUCCCACUCCAGGCUACGCUGCUGCCACUCCUGGUGAGAUGAUGGGUGCCCCUACUCCAGGUGCUGCUCACCAUCCUUGGGAAGAUUCUGCUCCGACACCUGCUGCCUAUAACGACGCGCGAACUCCGGGUGUCUAUGAUCCUCGAGGUUCUGGACCUGCUCAGGCCGAAACCCCUGCAGCCUGGUCCACGGAUGAUGCUCCUCGAUAUGAUGAUUCUCCCACUCCUUAG